UUUUUUCAUCUUGUCGUAGUCAUACAACGCAGACAGAAACAAUAGAAAGUUAUUGUGACUCAGAGUAUAUUUCGCAAGUGAAAAAAAAAACAUUUUAUUUGCGUGUUAAAAUAUUGUGGAAAAGUUUGGAUAAAAGAAAAAAAUAAAUUAAAAAAUGGCAGAUAACGAGCAAAAAGCACUUCAGCUCGUGGCUGAGGCUGAGAAAAAGUUAACUGCUCCAAAUGGAUUCUUUGGAAAAUUGUUUGGUGGUGGUAACAAUCGUUUGGAAGAGGCUGUAGAAUGUUAUCAACGUGCAGCAAAUCUGUUCAAGAUGGGAAAAAAUUGGAACCAAGCUGGAAAGUGUUUUGUUGAAGCAGCCAAUUUGCAUGCGAGAGCAGGUAGCAAACAUGAUGCAGCCACCAAUUAUGUGGAUGCAUCGAAUUGCUACAAGAAAACUGAAAUACAAGAAUCGGUAAAUAGUUUGUUGAAAGCAAUUGAAAUUUAUACGGAUAUGGGUCGAUUUACAAUGGCUGCUAAACAUCAUCAAACCAUUGCCGAAUUGUAUGAAGGCGAAGCAAACGAUUUGCAACGUUCUGUUCAGCAUUAUGAACAAGCCGCUGACUACUUCAAAGGCGAAGAAUCGACCAGCUCAGCCAACAAGUGCAUGUUGAAAGUGGCCCAGUAUGCAGCUCAACUUGAAGACUACGAAAAAGCCAUUCAAAUCUAUGAAGAGGUUGCCAGUUCAUGUUUGGAUAGUUCGUUGCUUAAAUACAGCGCCAAGGAGUAUUUUUUCCGCGCUGCUCUGUGUCAUCUCAGUGUGGAUUUGUUAAAUGCUCAACAUGCUAUUGAAAAAUAUGCACAGCAGUAUCCAGCAUUCCAAGAUCAACGUGAAUACAAAUUAGUGAAGACACUUUGCGAACAUUUAGAAGAAUCAAACAUUGAAGGAUUCACAGACGCAAUCAAAGAUUACGACAGCAUUUCACGGCUUGAUCAAUGGUACACCACAAUUCUAUUGCGAAUCAAGAAGCAAUAUAAUGAAGAUCCAGAUUUGCGAUAAAUUCCCAACGACAACAUAAUAAAAUAUAUAUCUAUGAUUUCAUUCUUUGUCUUGAUCUGUGCAAUCACUUCAAAUACAAGUUGUACUAGGCGCGCAGUAAUUGCAACGCCAUUUAAACACAUUAUUAAUUACGUUUAAAACAGACAUGAUGAAUUAAUUAUCCAAAUGAUCAAGACAAAAACAAAAACAAGAAUCAUAGUCAGGUUAGUUUAAUUGGCGCAACCAAGCAUUGUGAAAAACCCAAGCAGGAUCUGAAAUGCAUGAAUCAAUAGAAGAUAAAUUCCGUUCACAUUUGCAAAGAAAAAUAAAGGAAAAUAAUUUACAAAACAAAGUAUAAUACCAUCAAUUCAGUAGACGGUUAUAAUAGUUCGUAAUACAUUAAAUAUAAUAACAAAAUCUUAAUUUUAUGAUGAAAUUUCGUUUAUUCAUUAGAGUAUCAGAAUGACCUGAUCAUGUUCAUAGACUUACGUUAUUUUCUCUUCGGUUUUUGUAAUUAUAUCUCUGUAUAAAAAUAUAUAAAUUUGUUGUUCAUAUUGGCUGAGUCAAUAUUAUGAAUUUGGGCAUUUUGUCAGUGACUGCAUUUCCAAAACCAUUUGACACAUUUUAUGACUGAAAGUCAUUACAAAUGCAAUCCAACGGAUUUUCUUGCGCACGCAAAACGCAUGGGCUCUUAAUUUAGUCUUCUAUUUUAUUUGUUUGUAAAUGAUUUUCACAUCAUAUAUAUAUACAUAUUAUACAUGCAAAAAAAAAAUAAUAAUAUAUCAUUUUCGACUAGAUAAAUUUCACGUAUGAAUUGUUUGUAUCCUUUUAACCAGAAAAAAAAAACAGUAACAAGCAAACAUAUAAACUAUAUUAAUUAUCAAUUAUGAUAUGAAGUUUAGCAAGUUUCAGAAAUUAGCUCAUAAAAUUCAUCUGCUCUCAGAGGCAAUCUUUUAUUGUAUUAUCUCUAUUUAAAAAAAAGAAAGAAUAAAAAAUAAAUCUAAACGUGAAAUAGUAUUUAAGCGUGCUAAUUUUGAAGCAGAAAACAAACAACAAAUGGAUUUGUACGAAGUACCGUCUAGUCAAUGCAUUGCACAUCAAUAACCAUGGUAUACAUUAACAUUAAUCUGUGCAUAGCUAGUGCAUAAAUACAAGUAAUAGCUUAUGAUGAUAAAAUAAAAUUGCAAUUACAUGUGUGUGGCGAUGCUUCUUCAGAAAAUAAGAAAAAAUCAAGUCCGUUUCAAUUUAUUUGAAAUAGAAAUAACCAAUUAAUCACGUGUGCAAUGCAAACAGAAUACCCACAUAUACUACAUUUUGUUCAUUUUGUUUCAAUGUGGUCCUGACUCAUUUGAGUUCUGGAUUUAUGAAAAUGUUAAUCAGGAAAUCAAUGACACACGAAAAAUUUCCAAAGCAAAUUCAUUGAAUAUAGAUCGUAAGGACAACGAAUUGAACACAUUUGCAAACAGACGACAGGCAUCGGAUGGUAUAAAAUAGGUUUAUUUGAAUAAAGAAACUUUCAUAACACUAAA